UCUGGUCUGUUUUGUUUUUGGUGGGCUGUCUUCCGUCGCGCUAUUCGCAUUUCUUCGGCUGUGACACGGAAAAUCGGCAUUACAAGAAGGGACUACGUUAAAAGACAGGAUUAUGGGUGCCGUUUCGAGCACCGAGGCGGAAAGGGAACCGCUUUUGGUGCCGUCUUUAGCCGAACCGAACGCACCGCCAGUCGUCCAUGGCAGGGUAUACAGGCGAAGAUGGCUGGUUUUGGCAUUGUUUUCUCUAUUAGGACUAAUGCAAGGGAUGGUAUGGAACUUUUGGGGACCUAUCCAAAACUCAGCCAUGCACGCUUACGGCUUCACCAAAUCGGAUAUCGCUGUUUUGGUUCUUUGGGGCCCUGUAGGAUACGUGCCAUGGCUUCUUUUUAUGUGGCUGAUGGAUAAAAGGGGUUUGCGUUCAUCUCUGCUCCUCUCGGGCUUCCUCAUGUUGUUGGGGUCAAUAUUAAGAAGUGUCCCGCUGAUUCAGGAGCCUCUCAGAAGAUGGCUGAUUCAUGGAGGGCAGUUCCUGAACGGUUUGGCUGGUCCCACCAUCAUGAGCGCGGGGCCUUACCUCUCCACCACCUGGUUUGCUCCAGACCAAAGAGCCACCGCUACAGCCGUGGCAUCGCUCUUCUGUUACCUGGGGGGCGCUGCGUCGUUCGUCGUGGGUCCUCUGGUGGUCCCUGCCCCAAACGACACUCAGCAGACGAGCUUUUGGAGAGCAGGGCCAGGCAGUGAUACAAGCAUUAGAGACAGGAUACAGCUGGUUAUGUACGCAGAGCUGGGUGCCAUAGCUGUUCUCUUCGUGGCUGUUCUGCUGUACUUCCCGUCCCGCCCUCCUCUCCCUCCGAGUGUGGCGGCUGCGAGUCAGAGACUGAGCUACCGGAGCAGCAUCUGCAGACUCCUCAGUAACUUCCGGUUCCUGAUGAUUGCAUUGGCCUAUGCAGUGCCCACUGGAGUGAUUGCAGGCUGGUCUGGAGUUUUAGACAUGGUCCUCACCCCAGCAAAAGUCAGCCAGACGGACGCAGGCUGGAUCGGGUUCUGGUCGGUCAUUGGUGGAUGUGUGUUUGGAAUCGCCAUGGCAAAGUUUGCAGACUCGAUUCGGGGCAUGCUGAAGCUGAUCCUGGUGCUGAUGUUGGCCGGAGCGUCUCUGGCCUCCACGUGGUUCACUCUGACCUGUCUGAGUCAGUACACCCACCUGCCCUCCACCACAGCGAUCCUGUACACCUCCUGUAUUCUGAUUGGGAUCUUCAUAAACAGCAGCGUUCCCAUCUUUUUCGAGCUCUUCAUAGAGACGGUGUACCCGGUCCCUGAAGGCAUCACCUGUGGAGUCGUCACGUUUUUAGGGAACCUGGUCACGGGCCUGCUGCUGUUUUUCCUCACUUUCUAUUGCACAGAGGUGUCAUGGAUGAACUGGUGCCUGGUGGGCUCGUGUCUCUUCAGUCUGGUUCUUCUUCUCUUCUUCAGGGAGACGUAUGACCGCCUCUACCUGGACGUCUUUGUGUCAGUGUAAAACUACAGAGAAAGACUGAAAGAACUCAAAUUAUUCCUAAUAUUAUUAAUUUUAUUAUUGCACAAAGUGGACGAAACAAGGGACUUUGGGAAUUGUACAUGUGUAUAUGAUGCAUUCAUGUCGACUGUCUUAUGUCUGUUUGUAUGGAGACAGGUGGAGUUUUAAAGGUCCUGUAUGACGCUAUUUUCUCAUCUGUUACAAUGUUUCCUCAUCAUAAACAUACCUGCAAUUGUGUUUUCUCUGUUCCACCUUGUGAUGUCAUGUGGUAAUACAGUUAGUGCUCCAAUGUGUUUUUAAACUCCAUACACCUUCACUAGAAUCAUUUGGAUAACUUCAGCCCUGGAAUUGCCAGUCUACUGAGCUAAAGUUAAAAGGAGCUGUUAACUUGAACACUACUGCAUUUUGAGCUUUAGAUGUGUGACAGACGAAUAGUAGAGGAUCACUCCAACAUGUGUGUGCAACAAAACACAACAUCAGGGAUGAUUUUGAUGAGGAUACAAUGUGCUACCUGACUCACCAGAGUCUAUCUUCUGUAAUAUAGGACCUUUACUGGGCCAUGUUGUUGUUUACAAAUAAUGUAAAUAUCUCUGUUUGGAGCUAAUAAGGAAGUGCUAAAUGUCAUGAGCCAAUCAGAAGGCUUGUCUGAAUCUAUAAGGGAAGAAGAACAUGUGUGACUAGCCAAAAUAGAAAUCUACCAGCAAUUGGCUAAUGUUAGCAGCAAGACCUGUUACAAUGUUCAUACUAGUAAAACUGGAUCAAUCUGUUUUAGUCGAAUUAUACAUUAAAGCUACACUAUGUAACUUUUCAGGAAAUAUCUGGAAUGUUAUGGGUUGCCUGUAGUGUUCCAGAAUAUGGCAUUAACUCAUCUGUCUUGCAGGGGUUGUUAUAGCAAAAAAAUCUUGAAAAUCUUGCAGUCUUACUGUGAGCGGGCUCUCUGCACAGAUCUACUACUACUACUACUACUACUACUACUACUACUACUACUACUACUACUACUACUACUACUACUACUACUACUACUACUACUACUACUACUACUACUACUACUACUACUACUACUACUACUACUACUACUACUACUACUACUACUACUACUACUACUACUACUACUACCACCAGGUGGAGUGUACUGCUUGUCUUCAUGGAGAAGUUUAAUGCCACUGUUGCAUUGCAAGUAAAGCUAUAAAGUCUCCAUGGAGACAAGCAGAUAGCAAACCCUCAACCAGAAAAGUUACACAGUGCAGCUUUAACUGGUCAACAUUAACAUAAUCAUAACAUAAUGCCAUUUAUUUUCAGUUUGAUGUCUCUGUCUUACAUUUACAUGUUUUAAAAUAGUGUUCACAUUUGUCUUGGUUUGGUCCCAGUUCAGCUGUGAUAUUGGACUUAGUCUAGUCCUGGUCUAGUUCCAGGUUUAGUCCCACUUUAGUCCUGAUUUGUAUAUAUUGUCUGUGUGUAAAUAUGAAUACAGCCUAAGACUCCUGAUGCCACCCUAUAUUCAUAAAACAAAUGUGAAAUAUGAAGCUGAACAAAACGACUGCACAACAUGAGAAGAUGUGACAUUUGAUAACGGUUUUGUAUUUAAAAAUUACCACAUUGUUGUAAUAUUUUAACACACUUUUUGACUAAGGUUUAUUUAAAUGAAAACAAAAAUGCCUUAAUUUUAAGUUAACCACUAAACCAAAACCACACAAGAUAAAACUGUAGGAUGUAAGGAAAAACAGGAAUACUCUUUUUUUAUAUAUUUUUUAUUCGGAUAUGGAGAAUUUCAUCUUUUUCUCUAUUUAUUUUCUUGCAGUGGAGCUCAACAGUGACCCAGCCCUCAAAUCUGUUUCUGAACAUAGCUGCUUAGCGUCUUUGAACUCUUUAAUAUUUGAAUUUUUGGAAAUGUCUAUGGGAAAAAUGAGUGGAAAAUUGACUUCCAGAUCAAGAGCGGGUGGUCGCUGUUGAGUUCCACAACGAUAUUACACUAAGUAUUUUUUUUUUGUUUGCAAUCUAUCGUGCAGGACUGUUAACAUCGGAAAUUUGUAUCCAGUUUUCUUAGUAUACCAGAAGCAAUUUCAAAAUUCCCACUGCUUUCAGGUCGUGUCAUCGUUUUAAAUAUGCCAUUCAUGUGUAUAGUAAUUUCAGAUGUAAUAUAGUAACACAUUUUUGUGUUUAAUGCUUUUUGUUAUUGUCCGGAGCUUGCCAGUAUGUUUUUACACGAUCCCAUUUGAACAGAAAUAGCUGCAUUUUCUAAGCAGCUCCUCUGUCCCAACACCAGCCAAAAACGAUGUCACGUUUAAGGGAAAUUUAAAGGUUUUUAUAUUUACGUAUUUUUUGUUGAAGACACUUUAAGAUGGAAUGUGUAACUUUUCUGGUGCAGAGUCCGUCGAAUGUUUCUCUCCAUGGUGUUAUUUCUUUGUCCGGAAUGUUCCACAGUAUGGCAUUAAACCUUUCGUUCUGCUUGGAGACCAAACUAGGGCAUGUUACAGGUCAGAUCUGUGGAGAGGCGACCCCGCUCACAGUCAGAAUACGUUUUUCUAGGUAUUUUUGAGCUAUAAAACCACCUGUAAUUGAUUAAAUGUGAGGUAGAAAUGCUUAAUGUCUUAUUGUGGAACAUUCUGGACAAAGCAGUAACAUCUCCAUGGAGACAAACAGGCGAUGGACACUCCACCAGAAAUGUUGCACAAUGCAUCUUUAUUAAGUGAAGUGGAAUACUGUGAUUUUUUUAACGUGAAGAGGCUGAAUUCACACUACAAGAUUAGACUGAAUUUAGUUAAAGUCACGCUAUGUCACUUUCCGGUGGGGGCCUGCAUGCAUGUUUUAACAGAGAAGUUGUUGGUUUGGCUGGAAUGUUCCACAGUAUGGCAUUAAGUGGAUCUCUCUUGCGUUUAUUCAGUUACAAGUGUUGUCAUCGUUUCUCUCCGUAGAUCUGACCUGUAACUUUGCCCUGGCAGUGGUCUUCUCUUGGUCUGGAAAUGUUUAAUGCCAUACUGCGGAACUUUCCAGGCAACGCAAUGACAAGCAAGCAGUGUUCCCUCCCCUAGAAAAGUGACUGAGUCCAACUUUAAAUAUUUUUAAGUAUUUUGUUAUAUAUUUAGUUUUCUGAGCCCAUGAGGAAUAUCAUAAUGUGGAAUGAACCAAUUAGAAAAAUAUGCACUUUUUGAGGGAUACAUUUUAGAAUUCUAUGCAGAUUACUAUUUUAUUAUUCUUGUUUUUGUUGUUUUUUUCUUUAACACGGCUUAACCAACCCUCACAUGUUGUUAUCAUAGAUUCAAAGAUAAACCCCAAAACUUAACAAAUUGUAAUAAUUCGAUAACAGUGUUGAAUUUUGCUUUCAUUACAAAGUGCCUAUCAGGUUGGACUCCUCCUUUCACUAAAACACAAUUAAGAGAUGUAAGAUUCUACUAAAAAUUAUUUGCGUGUUUUUUUUUUACUUCCUGGUUGGAAAUCAUAACAUCAUGCCAGGGUUUUCCAUCGCUGUUACCUAGCAACACUGGGCCUAAACAAAUUGACAAAAUGAUAAGAAAACAACUUUAUUUUGUUGAAAUGUUUUAAAGGGACAGUCCGGAAUUUUGGACAUAGGACUUCAUUUCCUAGUGAGCCAGAGUGUUGGAGACGUGUGGAGACACUUUUUUAAAUAUUCCAUCCAGUCCUUGUAUUUGCAGAGGUCACUGGUGCUAGGCUAGCACAUGUCAAUGGCCAUAGUUAGCCUGCCACUAGAAACAGACUUACCCACUCCACAAAACAGCCAAAGCAAAUCUAUUAUUACGCCAGACUGCCGAUGUGAAUGUCUGUGUCAAUAGAAUAAUUUUAGAAGUAAAACCAACCUUGCAUUUGAAGGAUUUAUGCGUGAGCAGAAGCAGCGAGUUGUACUUCCUGAUAGAAAGUUUGGUGGACUGAUAUAUGAGAAAAUAGUCCCUCAACAUGUGACAAUUCAUGCGAUGCAAGGUUAGUUUUAUUUCAAACAUUAUUCUAUCAACACAGACAUUUACAUCGACAGUCUGGCGUAAUAACUGAUUUCCUUUGGGUGAUUUGUGGAGUGGGUAAGACUGUUUUUAGUGGCAGGCUAACUAUGGCCAUUGAGAUGCACUAGCUUAGCAUCAGAGACCUCUGGAAGCACAAGGACCGGAUGGAAUAAAAGUGUCUCCACACAUCUCCAACACUCUGGCUCACUAGGAAAUGAGGCCCUAUGUCCAAAAUUCCGAACUGUCCCUUUAAAGUAUUGGGGGGAAAAAAAUGUAUUUUCUAAAUUAUGAUAAACUAGUGUGAUGUCAACUCUCUGCUUCCUGUAAUUUUCAAUACAUUUUUUAACUUUUCUUCACAAUCUGCCUCUUGGUUGGUGCAAAACUAUAAUUAAUAUUUAAAACAUGUAUUAUUUUACCAAAUUAUGAAAGAUUUGAGAAUCCUACGCACUUUAAGUUUUGUAAUACUGGACUUAUAUCUACGUUAAUUUACUUAAGGUUCCUAUAUCUUCUUAAAAUACUUCUGUUUAUCCAUUGUCCCUGUGCUGUGACCCUGCCCUCUGACCUCUCUCCUGUUUCCAUGGUGCUUGUUUUUAAUGUUUUUAUUGACUUGUUGUUGAUUAGUGCUCAGAGGGGCCCUGCCUUAACUCCUCUGGUACGCUGAAGUCUACUAACUGUGGCUCUGCUCUCCCUGUGCUCCUUUAAAACCUGUAUAUUUCUAUUGUAAAAAUGGGGCCUUGGGAAUAAAUGUCCUCUUUGUGUGGGGAAGAAAUGUGA